AUGGCUCCCGUCCCGGAGGCUUAUUUCCCGUCCCUGGACAAGUGCUUCUCCGGGGACGCUCAACUGCUCGCCUGGGAAAGAGCGUUUCUUCACUUGAGUGAUCCUAACACCCGCCUCGCCGACGAAGACAAUGUCUCCGCUUUCCUGUCGCACCCAGACAGCGUUCAGCUUCUGUCGCAAAGCUUAACCCCCUUCACUCCCCCGUCGCCCAAAACCAAGUCUGAUUUCGACUCCAAGACUUCCGCCAUUCAUGUGGAAACCAAUUCAAAAAGCUCCUUUGAUUUGAAGGAAAUCAAAGCUGACGCGCAAUGGCUUAGCGAGAAAGCCAAGAUCGACGAGAUCACAGCUCUGCGCAUUAUAGUCCUCGAGUGGCAAAGUCGCCCUGCAAUACGGCUUGCUAAAGGAUUUUCCAAUGAGGAAGCAACUAGCAUUCAAAGCGCGACCGGAUCAGACAAUUUGGGGAUGUCCGUGGCUGGGCCAAAUUUAGCCAGCAUCCUCAAACGCACCGGCGAGGACAAUGGCGAUUUAUUCGAUUCGGAAACUAGCCGACGGCUGCGAAUACGUGAAAUCUAUAUCUCGGAAAGGACCCAUGUCCUGAAGACAUACCGCAAGCUACUCGCCUUGUCGCUACACAAUACUCCAAACCCAGUAGCUAAUGAAAGCUCCACAAAAGUUGAAAGCAAGCCUGCCUUGCGCAAGUUGGGAGUUACUUUAUUUGCCGACAAGUCUACUGGCAACGCAUUGAGUGAAUUCCUGAAGGAGUGUAUCUCUGCAAUCUCAACUCGUCUGAACGAUUUUGCGCAAGAGGACGGAUGGUUGGGUGCAGCUGAGAGCAAUUCAGAGAUCGAGCUUAACUGGAAGAAGUCUCUUACAGAGGAGGUUCUGCAUAUUAUGCAGCUCAUGUUUCAUCAGCUUCAUACAUCUGCGGAGGUCCCUUCUGCUGACCUCUUAUUAUCGUGGCUAGAGCUUAUGGAUCAGCAUAACUUUCUACAGUCAUAUCAGGUGCAAGGCCAUGUUGCGGUUCCAGCCACUUUUUCGUGGGGCCUGGUACUGCACACUAUUCGUGAAUUGGCUACGAACGAUGCCGAGACUCGAGAAAUGGAGCAAUUAGACAAAGCUUUAGACUCGUUCCAGUCCAACACCCCUAACAGACGCUCUUCUCGCACCUCAGAGCCUACCCUUUAUGAGGAUCUGUAUGAUUCUUUCAAAGAUCCGAAUUUCCCUGUGGAAGAUGUGAUCUUCACAUUGACCAAUGAUGAUAUGAGCGCCUGGACAUUUGAAAUGAUCACCUCUAUCUCCACUGGAGCCAUUGCAACAUCUGCAGUAGAUGAUGCCUUAACCUACCAAUUCAUCCGUCUAGCUCUGCUCAACCUUAUACGAGUAUCAGUGACAUUUUUCGAUUACUCGCCGGAGCUGAUGGAGGCUGUUUUGGCGAUCCUCAAUGGUAAGCCGGGUGGCUCUUUUUUGGACCUAACCGGUUUAUUGGGGCCUGAUAAAGAUCCUAAAUCUGUCUUCAUUGAAGACGCGGCUCUGAUGCGAAACAUUUUCGACGUUGCACGAGCCCGAUUCCCAUACGAAACCGUUCCCUUCCUGAGACUCUGUCGUGCCUUGAUGGGAGGACAUUCCAUGAACGAAGAAGGAUUGCCCCUGGUCUUUGACUUGCUUGAGAACAUGGAGACAUUCACUCAAGUUGUUCCUGAAAGUUUCCAAGGAUACAAGACCACACGGGAGGAUGAAAAUGCGAACUUUGUAUCCUUGGUUCAAUCUUUGAGGAUGUUCGAUUCGGUCUCCCGUGAUCGUCUUCCUGGGGCCGAGGCUAGCAAUGCUUUGGUACUUAGGGCAUCGUCUGAAAUUCCUACAUCGACCCUCGGUCAGGUCAUAUCUCAAUCCAAGCCAGCUGUCAUCAUGUGGCAAUACCAAUAUUCUUGUCUGAAUUUCUUGGGAAGCUGGCUUGAAGAAUGGAAUGAGAACGGUGGCUUCUUUUCUAGUUGUGACUCGGAAUCUGCCACUGAAGUAAUCGAUCUCUUGGCUGAUCUGGUGUUUCACGCUCAGGAUCGAGGCUCUAUGGACUCAGUCGGUGUAAGUGCCAAGAGGGUCCUCGAGAUGGCGAGUGACGGGCUCUCUCGCAAAGGCGAUAUCAUCACAGUGGUCUUGGAUAUCUUCGAGCGCAACUUGCAGGAUAUUGUAUCUCAGCGAGAUCCUUCAAAGGCACUUGACCCGAUCAUGGCUUGUCUACGUUUCAUUCAAGCAAUCUUGAAGGUGCUUCCCUGUCGAGUAUGGCCGUUCUUCAGCCGAAGCAGCUUCAUUGGAUCGGACGGUAAGGGGGGGCUAAUGACAGCAAUAAUCUCAGCUACCGAGAUCCCCUCUGGUCAAUACCCGUUCCUUCUCAGCUGUGUUGAUCUGUUCAAAGCUGUUGUCGACGAUGCGGCUUCGCGAGCAGUGCUACGCCGGUGUCCCGGCAGUGUUUCGAGCAGGUCACAGAUUGCGACCGACUGGAGCGCAAGCGUCCCGUCCCAUGUAAUGAGAUCGACCAUACUCAAUCUCACACGUACUAUGGUGGAUAUCUUCAAUAGCAGCGGGAACUGGAGAUUCGACUUGCCAGAGCAGCGCUUCCAGAUUAACGCGUCUUUGGCAGCCAUCUUUGAGCGAAUCAUCUACUGCGCUUAUGGCAUUAAUGAGGAAACGAAACUGGAUUCAAAAAUCACUGGCGUGUUCUCCACCUCCGCAGUGUAUCUUUUGGAUAUGCUCCGACCACGCUCGACUGCUGAUCUACCAUUCAACCCCCUUCUUCGGUUAAUAUCAGAGGGUCUAUACACACCAUCUACGAGCCUUCUGCGGUAUCUGAACCUGGUUGAAAACCAGGUCAGUUCCACUUUGAAACUUUGCGUCAAGCUUGUGCAAGCUGCGGUACUUGCGGAGCUAUCUGGAACAAUUCUAGAAGAACAACUUUUCAAGGCAGCUCCCAUCCUGGUCAAACUCUAUGCUUCUCAUGAUGCUUACAGGCUGCCCGUUACAUCGUUACUUGAUGUCCUCAUCUCUCGUGCUGCAUCGAGCUCUGACAACGAACCUCCAUCACUGGUUGGUCAUUUGGGGGCAGACUCAGCAUGUUUAUUCCUUGAUGUGCUCUCGCAACUCGACAAACCCCUUAAUGACAAAACCUUGCACCUGUCCAUAUGGCGACUACUAUCAACUUUCGUUAGCAAACGUCAACAGUGGCUCGCAGUCUUCAUCCUAACUGGCGCGUCCCCUCGUCAGACCUUGAAGAAGUCCGACAGAUCGAAGGAUCCGAGCAUGCGAGGCAUGCCUUUCUUGCAGAUCGCCCUGGACCGACUGGCCCAUAUUGAUCAGGAGGAACCUCAAGUUGCACUCGCCUUACUUGACUUUGUUUCCCAAGCUCAAGAGAAUUGGCCAUGGGCCACCCCGCAAUUGAAGAGCCACCCUCAGUUUCUCACCGCAAUCAUUCACUACGUUUCGAAGCUGAAGAUAUCAGCAUUGCCAGUGACCGAGCAGAUCUUCAUUACUCGAAUUGCAGCAAUGGUUGCCGAUAUCUGCGCUGUCUACCUGCAUGCGGCCAAGGAGGCACGGGACGAGAGUUUCGUCAAAACAUUAAUUCCACUAGUUCAAUGGUACGCCAAGGAUGCUGUCAAUGUAUCAGGGUACAACUCCUCGUUGCAUGCGAACUUGAAAAAGAACUUUGAGAACCGGUAUACUGGAUGCAAGAUCAUCGAUUUCAAGCGCACCGCUCUUGAAAAUCGGACACUAGGAAAUGGAUACUUCUACGACCUUGCAAUGGGCCAGCAGAUGCUAUCCUACGACUUUGCCUGGGCCGGAAAACGCGGUCAGGGCUUUGCGGAGGAGUUUGAACGAGCGAACAUUAACUUGUCAUUGGUUGAAGCUCAAGUGAGCCUUCUGAACAGCUGGAAGUACUUCGCUAUCGAGCACUCCGCAGAUUUCAUGCCACAUGCUGAAAUCCAAAAGUCAAUGGCCAUUGUCGCCCAGGACUGCCUGGAAGCUAACAGCAGAGGUGUUCCCUCAGAAGCAAUCUUUUCGCGUAUUCAGCAGGUCCGAGUUGACUUUGCUCAAGCCCUGAUCCAACGGUUGGUUCAAGUCGGCGCCCGAGGAAACGAAGCAUUCGGGUUACUUGAGGUUGCAUGGAAGGCGAUCCGCGCACGACACUCCUCCUUCGAGCUUGCGCUCAUCAACGAUGAUACAGAAUACUACCGCUCUCUGCUGAACGUGCUCUUCCUGGCCUUGCAAUUCCACUUGGGAGACUCUCGAGGGACCGAUCCAGCUGCAAAGAGCAAGGGCGCUGUGUCUUCUGAUUUGAUGAUCGCUGUCGAAGUGGCUUUCUGCAUGAACAGCCCCGAGAAAUGCACGCCGAAGGACUUCGCCAUCAUCAUCGCCAUCCUCCAGAUGGCCUUGCAAGUCAAAGACAUUGAGAGGCUCUACGAGCACAUCACCUAUCACAUCGCAGAAAACAGUGUUUCGCGACACGCGACAACCUUAUUUUCCUGGGCCGAUCAGCUUACAGUCAAUGGUGACCCCGUGUACGGAGAUCUGAGUCUAUCGAUCCUCGUCAAGAUGUCCACUAUUCCGACACUCGCAGACCAUCUUGCCGCCGAGGGUGCUCUCAUGCAACUCUCAACAUGCCGUCUCACCAACAUCCUACGUCAACCUAAAGGCUUCGGACCAUUCGACCCGGUGCCUCGCCUAUACACCAUCUGGACCACGGGUGUGCUCCCUCUCUGUCUGAACCUGCUCUACAACGUCAUCCGAGCCACGCCCGAGGUUGCCGCCUUCCUCAACCAAUUCGAAGGUCAGCUCACCCGGGCCGCGGAAGUGUUCUCCCUCGGUCACCCAGGAACCUCGAUCGGGCCACCAUCCAAGUGGAUUAGUCUGAGUAUGGCAUCGGAAGCAUACUCGCUCUCGCUGAUCUCUUUCAUCAUCCAACGCGCACGCGAGGCCGGCCCUGGCACUGGCCUGGAUCCCCAGUCCAUUCAAGAACUCAAAUGGGAUCAAUCGCAGGUCAAGGAAGACCUUGAAGAGCUGCUGAAUCGGCGUCCAUCUCUGCGUGCUCGUAUCACCGCUACGAAUGAGAAGGAAGUCGAGUGGGCUCGACAGAAGCCGGUUAAUGCCAAGCUCGGGGCAGAAAACCGGUUGGAGGAGAAAGUUGUGGGUGAACUGCAAGCUGCUUUGACUUGUUUGACGGGCGAGGAGGAGUCAUGA